CUACAGAUUCAAGAAAAACAGAAAGACUUGAAAGCUCAAUACAGACUUCUUAAGGAUGCCCGCAAACAGAGAGGUGUCAGCUGGAACUAUCAUACACACAUGAUAGAUGCUGACGCACAUCUUUGGCAAAACUUGAUGACUUCGUGGCCAGAAAUAGCUAAGUUCCAGAAUAAGCCCUUUCCCCUCUACGAUAAGCUUGGUGAUCUGUAUGAUGGGCAUAUAGCAGAAGGUAACUUCAAUUUCACAUCAACUGAGGUUACAGAAGUGAGUGAUGGUGAUCUCGAAGUUGAAAGAGAGAAGACUGCUUUCUCUUUUGACCUGAAUCAAUACGGUGAUGAUUUACACAUGUAUGAUGAUCCAAGAGAUGCCGCCCCAAGUGAUGGUCCAAGUGAUGCUGCCCCAAGUGAUGGUCCCAGAGAUGCUGUCCCAAGUGAUGGUCCAAGAGGUGCUGCCCCAAGUGAUGGUUCAAGAGAUGCCACACAAAGAGGUGGUGUUGCUACUUCAAAUAACAAGCAUGUGAAGGAAUCAAAGAAGGGUAAGAAGCGUGAUGAUCCUAUGGUGGAAGUGAUGUCACAAUAUGUGGAGAUCAAACGGAAGCAAGCGGAGGAGGAGUCUGCUCUAUUGGCCGGGGCAAAAAAUGCCCAAGAAUUCUCCAUCAGCAAGUGCAUUGCUGUUUUGCACAAGAUGGAAAGUAUCCACCGCGAUGAAAGAGCCACUGCCUACAAAGUGUUCAAAAGUGUUGAGAACCGUGAGAUCUUUCUUAAUUCUGCCGCUGAAGAUGAAGAAAGUGCUGCAGUGUUUCUUCGGAGCGAAAUGGCAGAGUUGACUCAACGUAUCUAAGGUUCUCAAGCACCAAAAGAAGCAACAAUAAACAAGCUGGAGGGAUAACUUUCUCUCAGAUUCUCAAAGAUAGAUGAUCAUCACACCAAAAGAUUGAUAUAUCUUUGCUGCAAAAUUAUGUUGGGGCUAUGAUGAAUUGUUGUUGCUACGAAAGAUCAUAUUGUCAUGAUAAAUUAUGAUUCCUGGGAUUUGGGAUUCGAAGUCAUGUUGUUAUGAUAAAUUAUGAUGUUGUUGUGAUGAUAUAUUGAUUUUGAGUCAUGCAAAAUUAUGUUGCUGCUGGAAAAAACUACUGCUAAA